AUGGAUAGAGUUCAUCGAUGGAACCAGAGUGUAGAGACAACAUGUGUGUUAUGCAAGCAAGCAGCUGAAACGGGGGAUCAUCUCUUCUGUGAAUGCUCAUACUCUGCUCAAGAUUGGGAGCAUCUCACUAAGGGGAUCUUGCGCGAUCAGUACACGAAAGUCUGGCCAGGGAUAGUGAGUUUGUUGACUGACGGAAACAGAGAGAAGAAAGCUCUUUUCUGUCUCAGAUAUGCAUUUCAGGCAAGUGUUCAUGCAGUGUGGAGUGAGAGAAACAAGAUAAGUCAUGGAGAAAAUCCUAUUCGUAUGCCAAUUUUGAAGAAGUUCAUUGAUAAAGGGAUUAGGAAUAAGCUAAGUUUGUUAAGAUCAAAGAAGGUGAAAGGCAAAGAAGAAAGUCUUCAAGUUUGGUUUGCAAGCUAG